AUGUCUAAUAAACAACUUAGUGAAGCAGCUAAAGCUAGAGGUACACAAGCCUUUAAAGAUCAAAAAUUUGAAGAAGCUAUUAAAGAAUAUACUGAGGCUAUUAAAUAUGAUGAAACAAAUGGUGUAUUAUAUUCAAAUAGAAGUGCUUGUUACGCUUCAUUAGAACAAUUUGAAAAAGCAUUAGAAGAUGCAAAUAAAACAAUUGAAUAUAAACCAGAUUGGUCACGUGGUUAUUCACGUAAAGCAUUUGCUUUAUUAAAAUUAGAAAGAUAUGAAGAAGCAGAAGAAGUAUGUAAUUCUGGUUUAAAAAUUGAUCCUGAAAAUCAAAUGUUAAAAGAUAUUCUUGAUGAAGUGUAUGAAAAAAAAGUACCAUUUAAUGUUAAUGAAAUGUGGAAAAAUUGGAGAGUUAAACUUGCAGCUAAUCCAAAAACUGCUUCAUAUUUAAAUGAUCCAGUUUUUGUUAGUAAGAUUGAAAAGAUUGCUGCAGAUCCUAAAACACUUCAAACAGAAAUGAAUGAUGUUAGAAUUACUGAAGCAAUGAUAGUAUUAAUGGGAAUUGAUAUGAAUAACUUUAAACCUCAAGAACAAGAACAUACUAAUACUCCUAUGGAAGAAGAAAAACCAAAAGAUACUCCUAAAACUGAAGAAAAGAAAAUGGAAGAAGAAACUCCAAAGAAAGAAGAGACUCAACCAAUGGAAGAAGUUAGUCCAGAAGAUAUAAAGAAAAAAGAAGCACAACAACAAAAAGAAAAAGGAAAUGAAUUAUAUAAACAAAAGAAAUUUAAUGAAGCAAUGGAAUGUUAUGAUAAAGCUAUUGAACUUGAUCCAAGUGAUUUAACAUUUAAAUUAAAUAAAUCAGCUGUGUUUUUAGAAAUGGAAAAAUAUGAUGAAUGUAUUAAAUUAUGUAAUGAACUUCUUGAUGAAUAUAAAGAACAACGAAUUUAUACACAAAAUGCUAAAUUAUUUAUGAGAAUUGGUAAUGCUUAUUUCAAACAAGACAAAUAUACCGAAGCACUUGAUUUUUAUAAAAAAUCAUGUACUGAAAAAAGAACAGAAGAGAUUUUAAAUAAAAUUAAAAUUACUGAGAAGAAGAAAGAGGCUAAAGAACAACAAGAAUACUUCUCAGUAGAAAAAGGUGAAGAAGCUCGUGCUAAAGGAUCUGCUUUCUUUAAAGAACAAAAUUUCCCUGAAGCUAUUAAAUGUUACACUGAAGCAAUUAAACGAAAUCCAAAUGAUCAUCUUGCAUAUUCUAAUAGAGCUGCUGCUUAUCAAAAACUUGGAGAACAUCCAUACGCUAUUAAAGAUGCUGAAAUGUGUAUUAAAAUUAAGCCAGAUUUCAUAAAAGGAUAUAAUAGAAAAGCAUUUUCUCAUUUCUGUAUGAAAGAAUAUAAUAAAGCAUUAACUGAAUAUGAACGUGCUUUAAAAAUUGAUCCUAAUAAUGCUGAAGCAACAUCAGGAAUUACUACUGUUCAAAACGCAAUCAUGGGAACAAGUAAUGCAGAAACUGAUGAAGAGAGAUUAAGACAUGCUAUGGCUGAUCCAGAAAUUCAAAGUAUUUUAACUGACCCAAUGAUGAGAAAUAUUUUGGAUGAUAUGGGAAAGAAUCCUGCUUCUGCUACUAAAUAUUUACAAGACCCUGAAGUUCGUUCAAGAAUAGAAAAAUUGAUUGCUGCUGGUAUUAUUAAAACAGCUUAA